AUGACUACAGUGUAUAAUAGCAGCUUUGCAUGUAAGCUGCUGGCAAAAUUUGAAGUGCAAAGCUUGUUGAAGGAAGGAGAUGUUAUGAUAGGUGGCAUUUUCCCAGUUUUGUCAAAACAGGAGAAUAUACUUUUCUCAUUUGAUAAUAAACCACAAACAACAGAAUGUAAAGGAUUUGACUUACGAGCUUUUCGCUGGAUGAGGUCCAUGAUGUUCGCAAUAGAUGAAAUAAAUCAAGAUGAUCAUUUGCUUCCAAACAUUUCUCUGGGAUAUAAAAUUGUGAACUCUUGUUGGUCUCCUACUAAUGUUUUGAGAGCCACCCUCACUUUGAUGAGCACAUCAGAGGAAAAGUUCUCUCAAUGUCAUCCACCUCCCAUCUUAGGUCUUAUAGCUGAAGCAGGAUCGACCCAGUCUUUAGUUGUGGCUGGGACAGUUGGACCAUUCAAAAUACCACUGGUGAGUUACUUUUCAACAUGUGCAUGUUUGAGUGACAAAGCAAAAUAUCCUACAUUUUUCCGAACAAUACCAAGUGACUACUACCAAGCAAAGGCUUUGGCUUUCUUUGUUAAACAAUAUGGAUGGACAUGGAUUGGAGUUAUACAGUCUGAUAAUGAUUAUGGGCGAAAUGGAAUAUUAGCAUUCACAAAGGAAGUGGAGGCUCAUGGGGUUUGUAUUGCAUUUGUUGGCACAGUUUUGCGUACAUAUCCCCAAAGUAAAAUCCUUGAACUUGUUAAACUAAUAAAGCAAUCAACUGUCAAAGUGAUUCUUGCAUUUGUGCCAGAGAGAGAUAUCUAUUCUUUAAUGAAAGAAGUGGUAAAACAAAAUAUAACAGGGAUACAAUGGAUUGGAAGUGAAGCCUGGGUAACUGCAGACAGUCUUUCAACGCCAGAAAUGUUCAAAUAUUUUCGAGGAACAAUAGGAUUUGUGGUCCGAAAGAUGGCCAUGCCCAAACUAGCACCGGUUCUAAAAGAUAUCAGCCCAUAUAAUGAUUCAGAGUCUGGUUUUGUCAGUGAUUUCUGGGAAACAUUGGUGGGCUGUAGCCCUCCAUCAUCAAUAAAUUAUUCAAGUAAUCACACAAAAUUAUGCUCAGGAAAAGAAAAGGUUGAUUACACAAACAAAUUUUUUGAUGUCACCCAACUUAGAGUCUCAUAUAAUGUCUAUCAAGGAGUGUAUGCAAUUGCACAUGCACUACACCAAGGGAUGUUUUGUGAAAAGCCUGAAAGCAAUGUCGCCAGACAAUGUCUUAAUGCUUCACAGAUAACCCCUAAAAUAGUUAGUGAGCAGUUGAAAAAUGUCCAUUUUGUGGAUGCAUUUGGAGAAGUAGUGUUCUUUGACAAGAAUGGAGAUCCCCCUGCUUCAUAUGAAAUCAUAAACUGGCAGAUGAGAGAAGGUCAAGUGCAGCAUAUUGUGAUUGGCCAUUUCAGCACCUCUGCAAAUGGGAAAUAUGAACUUGUGAUAAAUGAAGAGAAGAUUAUCUGGAGCACAGGGAAUUUGACCCCAAAAGCUGUUUGUUCAGAAAUCUGUCCACAAGGCACAAGGAAAGCACAAAUUAAAGGUUUACCUCUGUGCUGCUUUGACUGUAUUCCAUGUGCUGAUGGCUCUAUAGCAAACACAUCAGGAGCAACAGAUUGUAUCAACUGUCCUGAAGAGUACUGGUCAAAUGAAAGAAAAGACAGCUGCAUCAUGAAAAUAACAGAGUUUCUGUCAUACACUGAAACAAUGGGAAUUAUUCUUAUGGUCUUGUCAAUAUUGGGUGCCUUUUUAACAUUUUCUACUAUGGUGGUGUUCAUACAUUUUAGAGACACGCCAGUAGUAAAAGCAAAUAAUUCAGAGCUGAGCUUACUUUUACUUCUUUCUCUUAUAUUUUGCUUCCUCUGUCCUCUCACAUUCAUUGGUGAGCUCACAGUCUGGUCCUGCAUGCUGCGUCACACAGCAUUUGGUAUUGCCUUUGCCCUCUGCAUCUCUUGUAUGCUGGGGAAAACUAUAGUUGUGGUAACUGCCUUCAGAGCAACACUACCUGGGAACAAUGUGGCAGGAAAAUUUGGACCACCUCAGCAAAGGGCCAUUGUGUGUUCAUGCACUGCAGUUCAAAUAGUUAUUUGUAUUCUUUGGCUAAAUGUUGCACCACCAUUCCCAGAUAAGGUCUUUGAGCAACGCAGUAAAAAAAUAAUUUUAGAAUGUAACACAGGUUCAGAUGCUGCAUUUUAUGCUGUUUUAGGAUACAUUUUCCUUCUUGCCAUAGUUUGUUUGGUCCUUGCCUUUUUAGCCAGAAAGCUACCUGAUAAUUUUAAUGAAGCCAAAUUCAUCACAUUUAGUUUGCUUAUAUUCUGUGCAGUUUGGAUUGCCUUUAUCCCAGCUUAUGUCAGCUCUCCUGGAAAGUAUACAGUAGCUGUAGAAAUAUUUGCAAUUUUGUCUUCAGCUUUUGGCCUGCUCGUAUGCAUUUUUGUUCCAAAAUGUUAUAUAAUUUUAAUCAAACCAGAGAGAAAUACAAGAAAGCAUGUAAUGGGAAAAAAUCCAAAGGCUAAUUCAUUGUAA